AUGUGCCCGCUGCGGGUGAUCCUCAUCUUCCUCUCCGCCACCAUCGCCGGCUUCUUCCUCAUCAGGGGACUCAACGCCGAGCCCGACCAGUUCGACGUCGACGCCGACGAGUCGGGAACCCCCAGGGCACCCCUGCCCCUGCAUUCCAAGGUUGGAUCGGCUGUGAAAACAGGGUUCUGGACGAUGGUGGACAUGGCAAGUGGGCGGUACCUCUGGCGCACCCUUGUUGCCCAACCUGCCAAAUCGGAAUCCGAUAAGGCCCGGUGA